AUGUGGGUGAACUGCAUCUUAAGGUCUGGAUUGCUGUGUGUUACUCUGUUUCUUUCCAUUGCCAAGCACAAGCCAUCUCAAUCUUCCUUCACCAAAAGUUGUCAUUCAGGGGAGUCACUGUCUCAAGCUGUGGACAUGCUCUAUGUCAAGGCAGCCAGGCUAAAGGCAACCAUUCCAGAAGACCGCAUAAAAAAUGUAAGAUUAUUAAAAAAGAAAACAAAGACGCUAUUUAUGAAAAGCUGCAGGUUCCAGGAACAGCUUCUUUCCUUCUUCAUGGAAGAUGUUCUUGAUCAACUCCAAUUAUAAGUCUGCAAAGAAAUACAUUUUGUAGAAGACUUUCAUAGCCUGAGACAGAAAUUGAGGCGCUGUAUUUCCUGUGUUUCAUCAGGAGGAGAGAUGAAAUCUAUUACCAGUAUGUAAAGAGCCUUUUAUAGGAUUGGAUACAAAGGAAUCUAUAAAGCCAUCAGUGAAUUGGAUAUUCUUCUGUCCUGGAUUAAAGAACUCUUAGAAAAUAUUUCAUAAAUCAAGAAGCCAACUACAACUGAUUUGAUAGUAAUUUUUAAAUACAAUGAGAAUCACUAGAAAACAAUUUAUAACUGCAUAUUCAGUUUUGAAAGUUUUAUAUAUAUUACUGAUAGUUGGUUAGGUGCUUCAGAAUAGAUGAGAGAGAUUUAACGUAAUAAAAUUUGGAGAUAAGUAAAUUGUCACAAAUUUGUACAUUUUCUUCAGAGAAUGUUUUCACCUUGAUCAAAUUUCAUUAUUUGCAAGUACAUUGUAUAAAUCUAUUAUUUAAAGAUGUAUACUCAUAUAUGAGCUGUGAAGAAAAAUAUGGUGAAUAUUUAAAUUUACAGUAAAAGAUACUUUGCCAUGAGUCUCCCUCAAAAUAAUCUUCCUUGCUUGAACUGCAUUUAUUCCAUUAUUCUUGCCAUUUUCUGAAGAACUUCUGGAAUACUCUUUCAUGAGUGUCUUUAAUUGCAUUGUUAUGGCUGCCUCAAUGUCCUGAAUCAAAUAAAAAUAUUUAUUUUUCAUUGUCAUUUUUUUUGGAGGUUAAGGGAGUUUUACUGGAAAUAAUAAAGGAAUAGUUUCUAAAUUUUCGGGAAGGGUUUCAGUGGGUGGCCUUCAUUGGCUCUUUUUUCACUUAGGGGAAGAGGGAGAAAUCAUAUGAUUCCAGGUUCAGUGAAUAAGGUGGAAGAUUAAUGUAAUGUUUUUACGAACCUUUUGGUUGAGUGGCAUUGGGGAACAGCAUUCACUAUAUUUUUGAUCACAACUCAUAAAGACAUUCACAAAUGAGGACUUCCAGAACUGUUUCAGAA